UGGUGGGAACGAGGUUCUUCGUCGCCGAUUAGUUUUGUUGUGCCAAAACAGUCAUCUGUCGUGCGAUGUUGAUAAAGGUGAAAUUAAAUGGCGCGAAAAAAGUUUGUCCGUGACAACAGUUUGCUGGCGGGAACCACUAUUGUGUUAAUGUUUUUGUUGGGAUGUACUCCGUGGUCGCGGGGAGCUCCGUCCUGGGAUCGAGUAGAUAUUGUUACGUCUAACCAGGUUCCCACGAAAUAUAUGUUUGAUUUCAUGCGGCGAUAUGGUUAUCUGGAGAAAGGUCCCAACCAGGCGGAGGCACUCUACAGUGAGGAAGCUGUAAUAAUGGCCAUUAAGAAUGUUCAACGCUACGGAGCGCUGCCGGAAACGGGCCAAAUAGAUGCUCAAACGAUCAAGCUAAUGAGUUCACCUCGUUGUGGAGUGAAGGAUUAUACCGAACAUCAUGACCAUUCCACACGACAGCGGCGUUUUGUAAUUGGCUCGGAGAGCUGGCGAAAAAGGAAAAUCACCUACUUCAUCGCCAAUUGGAGCAGCAAAGUAGGCGAAGACUCGGUUGCCAAGUUUAUGCAGAAAGCUUUCGACGAGUGGGCCAAAUACAGUAAUCUGCGAUUCGUUCGUGUGUAUGAUCCUUCCGCAGAUAUCAUUGUAGGAUUUGGCAGUGGUCACCACGGUGACAACUAUCCGUUUGAUGGUCCGGGUAACAUUCUGGCCCAUGCUUUCUAUCCGUACGAAAUGAAUGCGUAUGGCGGGGAUAUCCACUUUGAUGAAGAUGAAAACUGGAAAGAAAACUCGACACACCUUACGGAUGGAGUUGAUUUCUACUCAGUAGCAAUUCACGAACUCGGUCACUCACUGGGAUUGGCUCAUUCUCCCGUAUAUUCAUCACUGAUGUUUCCGUACUACAAAGGCAUAACCCAGGGGACGCUAGACUACGAUGAUAUUCUAGCGAUGUAUAAACUGUACAUUCAAAAUCCUUACAUCACCGACGAACCAUUCCAUCCGAUAAACACCACCAAUUCUGUAGAUGAGGAUAGUGAAGAGUACGAGGAACGCACGGAACCAAUACCAGAGGAACCUGCAUCGAAGUUACCAGAUUUCGUUACCGACUCCGUUUCCACCGAUAUUGAACCAACAACUAAACUUUACGAUCUUCCCAUAACAUAUGUUGGGGACUAUACAACAGUGGAUGAACAUAUCACACGGCAUUACAGCAGUGUAGUUACGCAGGCUGUGCCACAGUACACGGAAAUCCCCGAUGUAUGCACCGGCAGCUUCGAUGCGGUUGGCGUUCUACGUGGAGAAGUGUUCAUCUUCAAGGGAGCCUACUUGUGGCGUCUGACGGAGAAGUAUCGUAUAAAGGAAGGCUAUCCGGUAAAAAUUUGGCAGGUGUUCAAAAACUUUCCGAAACAUAUCGCCAGGAUCGAUGCAGUUUAUGAACGUGAAUUCGACAACAGUAUCGUUUUGUUUUCGGGGAACAGAUAUUGGAUUUUCGAUGGACAAAACUUUCUCCACCCGGAGGCUCGUCCAAUUACCGAUUUCGGUCUACCAAGCAGCUUAGAAAAAAUAGACGCAGCGAUGGUUUGGGCUAAAAAUCUAAAAACUUACUAUUUUGCGGGAGACCAAUUCUGGCGGUACAAUGACACAGAACAAGAGAUGGAUGAAGGUUAUCCGAUGUCAAUGGAUCGAUGGUAUGGAAUACCAUCAAACCUGGAUGCAGCCACGUCAGGUGCAAAUGGAAAGACAUAUUUUUUCAAAGGAAACUAUUAUUGGCUUUAUAAUAAUGAACGUGUUCGGCCAGAGCGGGGCUAUCCUCGGAAAGCCAGUAAUAUAUGGCUCGGUUGCCGGUAAAAUAUGAAAAAUAAAAUUCCC